UCGAGUGCUAUGUAUGUAAAGUAUACUAGUUACCAGCCAUAAUUAUCGUACUACUUUCUAUCGUACGAAGUAGAUUUAACAUCUUCUUGCUGUUUAGUUGAAAUCAGUGUCAUGAAGUUACUUUGAAAAUUUUAAAGUUUAUUUGACUAACUACUAGUUUUCUGGGACUAAAUAUUGAGAAAGAGUUAAAAUGGAGAGCACAACUCAGCAGCAGCAACAGGUGGUUUUUCCUUUGCGUUCGUUAGGCGCAGCGGCUGAGGGUGUACGUGACCAAUACGCUGACGGCAAAGCUGCAAAAGUCUGGAACGCGUAUAUCGUCGAUAAUAAGCAACGCAAGCAAAACUACAAGGACUUUCUGGUGGGUCUGUUGCGUCAGCAUGGCUGCAAACGCAUCUUGGAUGUUGCUUGCGGUACUGGCGUUGACUCAACUAUGCUGCUUGAGGAGGGUUUUGAGGUUGUGAGCGUCGACGCAUCCGACAAAAUGUUGAAGUACGCGCUCAAAACAAGGUGGCAACGGAAGAAGGAGAAGGCUUUCGAUGAAUGGAUCAUAGAAGAAGCAAAUUGGCUCACCCUUGAAGAAGACAUUAAACCAUUGGUUGGUGAUGGCUUUGAUGCCGUGUUAUGCCUUGGCAACAGUUUUGCUCACAUUUUAGAUGUGUUCGGUGAUCAACGUGAGCAAAAACGAGCCCUUUCUAAUUUUGAACGCUGCGUUAAGCCUGGUGGUCUCCUGAUGAUAGAUCACAGAAAUUACGAUUAUAUUAUAAAUAAGGGUUCAGCCCCUACUCAAAGCAUGUAUUAUAACAAUAAACAUUUGAAGAAAAUCGAAACAUCAGUGAUCUACAAAAAUGGCCAGCCUUCCUUGAUUACGCUCGAUUAUCUAGUAUCGUUAAAUGAUUAUGAUGUUGGGCCAGAAACGUCAGAAGAUGAAAUUAGCGAGUUUCGUUUGUCUUACCACCCACAUAUGCUUCAAGAUUUCAAAAAACUAUUGGAUAAUGUUAUCCCUCAUCAAACGAAACAUGAAAUUUAUGGUGACUUUAGACCACUAGACCAAAUACAAGAUCCGGGGUAUUACGUCCACGUCAUACAAAAAAAACAAUAAAAGUUUCCAGAAGUUAAGUGUAAAUUUGUAACUAUUUAAUAGAGUGAUGUGGACUCAAUCAAAUUUUUCUAAAUUCUGUUUCUGUAGAAUUACACUUUAAAAUCCAAGUGCGUUAAAGUCUACGUUUAAAUCGUGUAAUCGAUAUUUCCAUUUUCAUAAAAUGCUUUAUAUUAGUCUUGAUAAACUUAUCAAGAACAAUCAAAUUAAUGCUUCGUAAACUAUUACACCUAUUCUAUCAAACUAAAAUAUUUUUUCGUUAACGAUUGAUAUAAGACAGAUGUAAGGAGUACAAUAUUUCUGUCACUAGUUUUACACAUUUUUAAGCGUGUUGUAUCUGUGAUAGUCAAGUUUUUUCACUCCACAGAUUUCCUACAUUGAUUUUGCCCAUUAAAUAUUGUCCAAUUUAAUCAAACUAGUUAACCAUUUGGUGCACCAUAGAUUUGGUUGUCUUUAAAAUUAUUAUUUACGCCACCACAAUGUGGUUUAUAAAAAAUAAAAAAUUUUAAAUUACACAUUUUAAACGUGUACUAUAACACGCUUAGAUUUACAGUGUAGUGAUAAAAGUAGACAUACUGAUCCCCAUGUUAAAUUGAAAGCUGGGUCCUAUUCUAACAAAUAUGCUGAUUGAAAAAAAAUCUUUCACAACAGUGAAUAAUUAAUUAUGACCUAUUUCUUAAAAUUGUUAUGUAUCUUAACUACAUCUUCAAUUACUAACAUUGAAAUGAUUUUAAAAAGUUGUAAAAUACUGCCAAAAUAAAUGAGACUUCUUUAUUCAUUAA